AUGCCUUCCUACAACCGCGUUGCACUGGUGACCGGAGCUAACAAGGGCAUCGGCUUUGCGAUCACGCGUGAUCUGUGUCGGAAAUUCCCGGGGGAUGUAGUGCUCACAGCGCGGGACGAGGCUCGGGGCCGCGCAGCGGUGCAGCAGCUGCAGGCGGAGGGCCUGAGCCCACGCUUCCACCAACUGGACAUCGACAACCCGCAGAGCAUCUGCGCGCUGCGUGACUUUCUGCGCAAGGAGUACGGAGGACUGGACGUGCUUGUCAACAACGCAGGCAUUGUAUUCCAGUGCACUGAUCUCAACCACUUUCACAUUCAAAGAGAAGCCGCGAUGAAAACUAACUUUUUUGGUACCCAGGCUGUCUGUACAGAGCUACUCCCUCUAAUAAAAACCCAAGGCAGAGUGGUGAAUGUCUCAAGCCUAAUAAGUCUCGAGGCCCUGAAAAACUGCAGCCCAGAGCUGCGGCAGAAGUUUCGAAGCGAGACCAUCACUGAGGAGGAGCUGGUGGGGCUCAUGAACAAGUUUGUAGAGGAUGCAAAGGAAGGAGUCCAUGAGAAAGAAGGCUGGCCCAAUAGUGCAUAUGCGGUGUCCAAGAUUGGGGUGACAGUCCUGUCCAGAAUCUAUGCCAGGAAACUCAAUGAGGAGAGGAGAGGGGACAAGAUCCUCCUGAAUGCCUGCUGCCCUGGGUGGGUCAGAACCGACAUGGCAGGACCAAAAGCCACCAAAAGCCCAGAAGAAGGAGCAGAGACCCCCGUGUACUUGGCCCUUUUGACUCCAGAUGCAGAGGGUCCUCAUGGGCAGUUUGUUCAAGAUAAAAAAGUUGAACAAUGGUGAACUCAGCCCUUUCUCCCAUUUGUAGCCUGUCCAGGGACAGUUCUAAUCUUAAUUCUAUGAUGCCUUGUGAUUUCCUCAGGGAUGGAAAUAAUGAAUAAUCAAAAUGGAACAAAUGACUCUCAAUGGAAAUAAUGAAUAAUCAAAAUGGAAUAAAUGACUCUUUAUGUGUGUUCAUUUA